AUGGAGGCAACCACAGUCGAUGAGGCUGUGUCGUCUCUCAAGGAGUUAUACGCCGAGGGCACAGAGCAUUACACCCAUUGGAAGAGGAAACGCACACUUGGGAACCACUACUGUCGGAAAUCAUCAGAAACCGGUAUUCGAAGGGAUGUCAUUACGUGUGCUUUGAGCAUCUCUUUGGAGCUCGCGAGGAAUCAAAUCGAGGAGACUCAUGACAUUGCGACUGUUCUUAUUGGAACCGACUUCUCCACCGGCGACAAUAUCAUACAGACAUCCGAGUCUGUCAGGAUCGCCUCAGUCCAGGCCCUCGCUGCCUUAUAUCACCGUCUCGCUGCCGGACGCCCAGACAUUCCUGAGCAUCUUCCCAUCCCCAAGCCGCGCUCACGGCAUACGAGGCCCAUCUCGCAAUACUCAAGCAGUUCGCCAGUCGACAACCACGGCAGUGUCUUUGAAGACGAGGACGGGGAAGACAAAGAAGAUGAAGAGGAGGAAGAAGACGACGACAUGUCGAUGACCAUGACCAUCAGUACCGACCAAGCACCCUUCCAAUCAGAACCACCCUCACCUCCACCGACACCACCAACGCCCAAAGCCAUCGCCAGCGACGCCGUCUCCAUCUUCGCGCCCUCGGAAGCAGAAACGACCAGCACCACCGCUUCCGCCUUCCUCCGCCCCAAAGUCAGCGUCUUCAGCAUGUUCUGCCCCGAGGCCAUGACGCUGCAGGUCGACCUCUCCAAGCCGAUCCCCGACGCGCCGAAGCGGUGCAAGUGCGGGUACCGAUGGAACCCGCUGCUGCCCGGCAACAAGGACUACAUUGUCCUCAAGGACGGCUUCCGCAUGUCGAGCCGGUUCCUCGCCAAGUCGCACUCGGACAGGAACGUUUUUGCGUGCUGUCUCUGCGUGCCGACGGGGACGACGGAUAACUACGAGUCGGCAGACGCGUUGAGGGCGCAUAUUAAUCUGUAUCAUCGCAAGUGGCAGAUCUUGCAUGAUCGAGAUAUCUACUAA